AUGUUGGAUUCGCACUUUGCCGCCCUAGGGGGCGCAGUACCUUCCAAAUGCUUGCCUUCUCCAAGAACAGUGGCUCGUGUAGCCUCGAAUAAUCACCGACCUGGUGGUGUUGGCAGCACACCCUUUUCCCUUCGCCGGAGAUUUCAACGUAUUGAUCCAGUUGCUGAUGACUCUGAACCAGCUAACGCAAACUCCUCUCCUCAAUUGCCUCGUUCAUUAUCGCGCAAUUAUCCAAUUACGCAUCCUGCUUGUGACCCACCUUUGUGUUCAGACUGCCGACAAUUUGACGCCAAGUUCCCUCAUCAUUCCGAAAUCACGAAUGCUACUGACGAAACCGGAGACGAAGAACCUGAUUUUCAGCUCCUGCUUGAUCCAGAUCGUCCUUUGACUCCAGACUACAGCGAAGAUGAUAUUGUCCGGAUGAUGCUGACGGCAGCAGCUUCAAAUAGCAGCAAUGGAGGUGGUCGUCUGCGGGGUGCGUGGUGGUGCGACAAGUGCGUUGCUCUUCUCUCCGCUCCCGACGUCGAAAUUGGCAACCUCUUUGCUCUGCUGCGUCAGUGGACGCCCUCAACUCAGCUCCAGCUGGAUACAAUUGUUAUGGAGAUUUUGAAGCGUGGUGCCCACGUGGAUGACAGGGAUGGCAUGACUGAUAUGACCCUCCUCCACUACACUGCAAAAUCAGGUGCUCUUGGGAACGAGGAUCUUGCGUGCAAUGUUCGCGAGGCAGGACAACUUUCAUUUACGCUCUAUCGAGAGGCUCUAAGAGGGCGAUCAGAUGGCUACCAAAUACAGGACCGAGAAGUGCUUGCGACCGUGCCUCUCUCCUCCUCUCUUCUUUCCUCUGCAUUGAAGGGCUCUCCUCUCCCACGCCUGCCCUAUCUACUCUCUCAACGGGUGAUGCCCAAGGAUUUGUCAAAUUUGAGUUUGCGACUAUUCAACACUCUCCUCCCGCGCAUUUCUGCCAUAUUUGAGAAUGCAAACAGUCAAACGCUUACCUUCAAACCGGUUGUCGGUUUGCUGAGAUCUGGCGAUGAGCAAUGCCAUUUGGUCUCGCUUGAGGAUGUAUAUGGCCGGGUGGAUGCGAGGAUGGUAGACGAACGUCCAGAUGCAAAGGUGUUUCGGUCUUUUAGAAUUGCAGAGUUCCUACUAGACCAAGGAGCAUGUCUAGAAGCGCGUUCAGGGUGGGAGGACAUGACACCCCUUCACUUGGCAGCAUACUUUGACUGUCCACGGGUGGCACAACUUCUCUUAACUCGCGGUGCCGAUCCACUGGUCCGUUCGGCGGCUCUUGAAGGUGCCACACCACUUCAUCUCGCUGCAGCACAACUCUCUCUUGGCUCUGCUCGCCUCCUUGCCCGAUUGCCUCUUGCUCUUGCACCGCGUAACGACGGUUUAGAUCCAGAUGCCACAGGCGCCGACUUUGCACCGCUUGAUUCUCCGCUCAUGUGCAAGGAUGCGUUGGAUGCAGUGCUUCGAACACCCUAUGACUGUCUGCCACCAGCAAGAGAGCUACCCGAACCCCUCUCUAGCAUGCGUGAUCGAUUAGCUGAACUGUUGGGUCCCGCCGUUGAUAAGAAGACCAAGCUACAGUUGGCUUUUCUGGGCGCGGGCUGCACCGUCUCCUCAGGCUACCGUGUGUUGCCAACAGCCCCACAACACCUACUCCAAGGUUAUUUAGGGAGUGAGUUUGGCUCGCCUACACCCCAUCGCUCUCGUUCCACUGUGAGCCCAAUAUCAAGAGACCUACUUGCUCCGAAUAGGUCUAGGAGUCCUGGGGGCUCUAUUCUUCUUGGUCUCCUUGCCCCGGCUUGCAGUGCUACUGAAGUUGCCGCUCCCAUGCCUGCCGAAACCGGAGUCUUGUCGCCUAGAAGACCACGUAGGGCGACUGUUGCGUCCACGGAACCAAAUACACCCUUGGCAUCUCCGGCUAGGGUUCGUGGUUUGAAUGUUUCCCCACCUCCUCCAUCUCUACCUCUGACGGUUUCCUCAGCUACCGCUACUCCUGUCCACCACGCCCUUCCCUCUACCUCUGUCGUCUCUGCCAAGGUCACCUUACGGGCCAUGGGAUUGGCUCUGGGCGACAGAGUUUGUGUUGGGCCCGGCGGUGGUAGCAGUGAUGGGUCGACCAAGUUCACUGCAGCGACAGCUGCUACCAGCGGUCGAAUGGGUCGACUGAGGUACUGUGGACCAGUAGAAUUUGCGUCUGGGGUGUGGGUUGGCAUUGAACUGGAUGAGGCCUAUGGUAAAAACAACGGUUCAGUCAAUGGGGUAUCCUACUUUGAAUGCGCUACCAACCACGGAAUUUUCGCGCCCAUCGGUCGGGUGUACAAGGUCAGUAGAACGAGCGGACAGAUACGUCCAUGUUUUGUUGAGGCAAAUGGGAGACGCUCCACUCCAACGCCGUUGCAGAACAUCCCCGUUGAUGUGUCCCAUGUUGGCGCUAAAGUCGACACUGGUUUGCACAAGCCAUCCGCCACAGAGGAGUUUAAAAUCGGUGACUCGGUUCUGGUGGCGGGUCUACGACGUGGAACUAUUCGUUUUGUUGGUGAAACUCAAUUUGCUCCCGGCAUUUGGUACGGUGUGGAGUUGUCAAAGGCUGUGGGAAAAAAUGAUGGUUCUGUGGAGGGUGUUCGUUACUUCACAUGUGAACCGAAACAUGGUGUCUUUGCUCCGGCUCAGCGUCUACAACGACUUCCACCACGCAACCGAUCUUCGAUUCUUGCCAGCAACAACGAUAUGAGUCAAUCAGUGCAUGCGGACUUUUUGCCCGACUGUCAGCGUCGUCGUCCAGCAACUCCAGACUGUUCACGACGGUCUGACCUCGCCUUUACUGACAACUAUGCCUCUCUUGGACGCCCACGACCUUCUACUGCUUCUUUGAGGUCCUCAACUGGUGCGGAGGGUGGUCGUAGGUGGACCUCAGGUGCUGUUGAGGAAUUUCACUUGCAGGUCGGCAUGCAAGUGCUCUGCACGGGAGAACUUGGAACCCUUCGUUAUAUCGGUCCCGUGGACUUUACUGAUGGCUUGUGGUUGGGCGUGGAGCUUCGUGGACCGCAUGGUCGUCAUGACGGUGCAGUUGCAGGCCAUCGGUACUUUACUUGCACUCCCAAUCACGGUGUUUUGGUGCGCCCUUCACGUGUCACCUUCAGGGGCAUCAAUGCAGCCAAACUGCUGCCGCCUAACCUGGUGGCGGCCUUUGAAAAGCCGCAUGCCAAAUCGUUGGAUACUAGGUCUGUGCAAAGUCAUCCAUAA